AUGUCGUCUCCUAUAUCUCAGGGCUGGCUGGCCAGGCUGUUUGGGCUCCUUGUGCUCUUCACUCUCUUCCAAAGCAUCGCAGCUCAGGAUCUCGGCCUUCAACUUGACAAACACGCCCGGGAUAAAGAGCAGCAUAUCCUUUACUCCUCUAAGCUCACCUUCACUAGAGACACAACAACACUUUUCAACAACGACCAACUCUAUAGGCUUGCUGACUUAGCGUAUACCCAAAUGCAGGCCAAGUUCAAUGUUGAUCACAUCAGGGCACAGGACCAGCCCGCCAUGAUAGCCGUUAUGGCCGUUGAAAACAACAUCUUUAUCUCGUCCAGCCAGAAGGGAGACGGCCCUUCUCUAUACGGCUACGGCCCCCAGCACCCCAAACCACGAGUCGUCGCUGCCCUUAACCGGUGCCAAGCCAGACUACAGAGCCAAAAGAAGGUCCCAGUCAACCAGAAGCAUCGAACCGAGGCCGGCUGUGCGGAGAUUUUCGCUGUUCACCAGUACCAUUUGGACAGCGAUAGCUCGCAGCAAGCUAACAAUCACCCACGCUCCAUCCGCAUCGUGGCCUACGGUAAAGGGGGCCGGACAGGCGUCGCAGGCCCUCAAAACCCCUGUGGCGGCGGUGAAGUCGUUAACCAAGAGGGUCGCCUAACGUGGGGGUGCAAGCAGUUCAUGGCGGACGAAGGGAUCGUCGUGCCACGGAAGCCCGGCAAGAAAGUCGACAUAAAACUACCACAGCCGUUCCCAACGUUCACCCAUAAGCAAAUUAGCAUCGUACCCCAAGCCUCUCCACGCCGAGCGCGCCUAGAGGGGCAAGCAUCAAGGAACCAGCCAGCAGGGAUGCUUCGCAGAACAUCCGCCAAGCCAAUAGACACCAUAUUCUAG